CCAAGUUUAGCUCUCUGUCGAUGGGUGUGUCACUUUAACUGUAAUAUGAGAACCAUAUGACCAAUAGGAAGAGAAAAACAGAUCGGAUAAAUAAUUUGGUGUUCUUCCUCAAACUAAAGCGAAUGAAAAGUUCUCACUGUGAGGCCAGCAGGGAUUCACUCUAGUUGAGUUUGAGCAAGGAAGCAGGCCACAGUCCAACAAAACCAGAACAGCUCUACAUUUUAUACUGUUAUUUGUUGUUCACUGAAUAAUAUCAAGCAAAGAUGGCCGGCCAGCUGCAGAAGAUCGUAGCAGAGAAGAAGAACGUGGUAGAGACUGUAAUGGAAGUGUUUGAACAGGGAGCUGAGGUGGUGGCCAGUAUCGCAGGUGACCUCUUCCCUGUUUUCGCCAUCGCUGCUCCCAUCGUGAAAUUGGCCCUCGACAAUGUGGAGAGCAAGGAAGCUGCGUUCAUGAAGGAGCAGUUCCAGAAAGUUCGUGAACGCCUGGAGGUGGUUUCAGAGGAGAUGCAGCGUAUUAACGAGGAGAUCAAGAAGAGUGGAGCGGACGCUGCUUACUUUUCUGUAGAGGAGAACAUCUCCAACCAGUUCCGCAAGUACAUGGACAUCCUCAAUGCCAAACCCAAGUUUCGUGAGGUCAAGAAGAAGCUUUUCAUGGAGCAUUUUGUCAAAACAGGUGGCGACAAAAACCUACACACCCUCUAUAGUGCCGUGACGGGAGACAACUUCUCUGGAGAGUCAGUGUUGGAAAUUACUCUUAACUAUGAGGAGAAAAGUCGACGCGCAAUGGAAGACUUCUGUGCCAGGUUGAAGAAACUCUUUUGCAUAGGCCUCAUCGCUCUGAUGGGCUACACCACUCUAAAGGACUGCGAUGACGAAGAGAAGCUUCUUCAAGACUGGGGUGAAAAGAUGAAGGAUGUUCAGGUGAAAAUUAAUGCUGUCAUUGAGGACUGCAUCACCAGCUUCCCCAAGCAGGCUGAACUAGAUUCCCGGAGGUUGGUUAGGGACCACUCUGACCUGAGCAACCAGCAGCUGGCAGAUGCCAUUUUGGAGAAGCUGAAAAGAAAGUAUGACUGGGUGUGCUGGUCUGUCCGUGUAUUCAGCUCCCCUUCGGGCCUGUUCUCCAACAAAAAGGACAUCCAGUGCCCCACAGGAAAAAAUCGCUUUCAGGUGCCAGCAACAGACGAGAAGCUGAACAUCAUGGUGUCCUACAGUGCCUCGCCUGAGCCUCUGAACAAGACCCACAUCCAGCAGCUGAUCCAGGGUCAGAAGAAACUCACCGUAGUGGGUACAGCUGAGCUCCUGUUUGAGCAGUUGCCAGGUCCAUGUGCAGUCCACACGGUCAAGACUUGCAAAGACCUGGCUUGUGCCUGGAGCUUUGCUGAAGAGCUACACUACUGGGAGGAGCACAAGAACUUCUAUGUUUGCGUUCACUACAAUUGACAUUUUCUCACUUAAAUGAAUUGAUAAUUAGCCAUAGAUACCAAGAUUAUAUUUAGUCCAAUUUGUUCUUUACACUAAGACUGACAUUUCCAAGUACUUUCUCUCUUUCUCAGUUGAGAUCUGAUCCCCAGCUAUACUAAUGAGGAGGAACAUAGGCUAACAUUUAUUAUAAAGCAUGAUACUUACCAAAGACUGUUUUACCUGUUAAUCUAUUCUUUGUAAUGUUUUUCUUCUAUGUAUCCCCCCUACGAAAAUAGUGUAAAUAAAAUCUAAUUUCUGCUUUACAUUUUCAAAUAAACCACACAUAAUAACUGUGAUAGUCAUGAUCUAUGCCUCUGAGAAUGUAAAUUAAACUUUGUGUCUUGAUACAUAUUCUAUAUUGACCAAAUCACAUAAUUUUUAUGAAGUGUGUAAAUAUAAAGUCUAAUGUUUGUCUGUAAAAAAAAUCCCUCAAUAGUUUGCAUAACUAGAAUUGCAUUUUCCCUCUUUUUAUAUGUAAAAAAACAAAAGCACCUUUUGACUCAUUUUCAGCUCCUGCAAUUUACAUUAAUAUGACACAGUAGAGGCUGCCGAGGGGAUGACGUCUCAUAGAAAGGGCUGGAACGGCGCGAACGGGAUGUAUUUGACACUAUUCUACUCAUUCCAUUCCAGUCAUUACCACAAGCCUGUUUUCCCCAAUUAAGGUGUCACCAACCUCCUGUGAUGACAACAACUCAUCUGACAUUGUGUUUUGUCAUUCCUGUCUCUGUUAUUUUGGCACCUACUGCUUCAGUGAACCUGCUCCCAUUCCAUGUGAUUUGAUCAACCAACCCACUACACAGGCAUGCUAAGACAUAUUAUUGCUGUGAAGAUGUGCUCAUGAAUGCCUAGCAUAGAUAUGCUCAUCACAUCUUUACCUGUUGUGAUGUGCAACAGCAAUGUUGGUAUCACAGGUCAUCUCGACUCAGUCCAUAGUUCCACAACCCUAUGAAGUGUGCUUACAUUUAGUAUCAUAAUGUUUAACCCCCCCCCCCCCUCCUUACAGCGCUUUGAGCAUCUGGAAAGGCGCUAUAUACAGUACCAGUACCACUUUAAUGAUUAUGAAGUGGUGGUUUGUUGUCUAUGGCUUGUGUAUUACAAACUAGCCAUUGGCAAUAACCUAAACAUUUUUAAAGGGGAUGAAAAGAACACAAGUCAUUGCACCCUGUUAAGCUAAGUAGUAAGGACUCCAUAUUCAACAUCAUAAACUGGGUGGUUUGUGCCCUGAAUGCUGAUUGGCUGACAGCUAUAGUAUAUCAGACAGUAUACCAUGGGUAUGACAAAACAUUCAUUUUUACUGCUCUAAUUACAUUGAGAACCAGUUUAUAAUAGCAAUAAGGCACCUCAGGGGUUUGUGAUAUAUGGCCAAUAUACCAUGGCUAAGGGCUGUAUCCAGGCACUCCGCUUUGCGUCAUGCAUAAAAACAGCCCUUAGCCGUCGUAUAUUGGCCAUAUACUGCACCCCCUCGGGCCUUAUUGCGUAUUUUUAAACCGUGUCUAAAUUACUUUGUCAACAUAUGAGUAUAUGAGCCCUAAACAACACAAAUGAUAAUAUAAUUCAUCUACAAGGCACUAUCAUCUCUUCAUACAGAGUAGCAUGUUUGUGUGGUUUUCUUUAGAUAAUGAGGGGAAUAACAUUUUCAAGAUGUUUUCUCUGAUCUAAAAGGAAUUAUUAUUUUGUUCUAGUAUCUCUAUAUGCCUUACUCUUAUCACACAAAUUGCUGUAUCAAAUAAAAACAAAGAUGGAUAUUACUAUGUUAAAAUAAAUUAUCUUGAUUUA